AAAUUGCCAUCACCAAAAACAGGCUCAUUGGCAAUCUCCCUACUCAUCUCUGUAAGGUUUUGGUUCAGCGCAAUGGGUGCCACAUCAAGUCAGUAUGAAGAUCUUUCCAAGAAUCCAUAUCUUCUUAAAUUCUCUGGAAAGAAACCAAUUUCUCCAGAUGAUCCAUUUUGGAAUCAGUUCCUUUCAUAUAACCUUCGACCACCUGCUACACGGAAUGAUCAAAUUAAACUGGAUUCUCAACUUAACUCGAUAUAUCAGCAGUUUCUUAUCAACAAUAUGACUACUGGAAAUUUUGGUUCUCUACUUCAAGUUUCAUUGAUCAGGACCAAUGAGCUCCUCGCUACAAUGCAGAGUCAAGAUAUUCUGUAUGCCUGGCAAACGUACAAUGCAUUGUUUGCUGUGCGUUGUGUUCUCAAAUACCUUAUAGAGACAGUAGGUGAAGAAGAAAUAGCGCGACACGCUGAGGCUGUAGCACCUUCACAAGAACCGUUACAUCCAGGACAGUCUCAGGUUACAAGACUCGAAACGUUUUUCGAAUCUCUUGUUGAAAUUAUCGUUAAUGUUUCGAUAUGCCAAUUUUGGCACAGAAAAAAGUUCUCGGAUUUGUACAAAAAAUUGGUAUUAACCUCUUCACUGUGAGUGAAACGUAUACCC